AGAUUGAGAUCUUCCGCACAGACGGCGCCACACAAACAAAAAAAAAACACGUAUUUUCUCUCUCACGAGACGCGAAGAAAUACAGGAACUUCUCAGAUCCGAUCAUUCACACUUUUUCUUCUCUCUCCAAAAACAACUUCGCAGAAACAAUGGCGUCGACUUUCAGCGGCGAUGAAACGGCUCCCUUCUUCGGCUUCCUCGGCGCUGCCGCUGCCUUAGUCUUCUCCUGUAUGGGGGCAGCUUAUGGUACUGCUAAGAGUGGGGUAGGAGUGGCAUCUAUGGGUGUGAUGAGGCCAGAGCUAGUGAUGAAGUCUAUUGUGCCCGUGGUUAUGGCUGGAGUUUUGGGUAUUUACGGAUUGAUUAUAGCUGUGAUUAUCAGUACUGGCAUUAACCCAAAAACCAAGUCUUAUUAUCUUUUUGAUGGCUAUGCUCACCUUUCUUCUGGUCUUGCUUGUGGCCUUGCUGGCCUUUCUGCUGGUAUGGCCAUCGGAAUCGUUGGUGAUGCUGGUGUUAGAGCUAAUGCGCAACAGCCAAAGCUCUUUGUUGGGAUGAUUCUGAUUCUUAUUUUCGCUGAAGCCCUGGCUCUUUAUGGCCUUAUUGUUGGCAUCAUUCUCUCUUCUCGUGCUGGCCAGUCGAGAGCAGAGUAGAAGACGAGCAUGUUAUGCUCUGUAACUGUGAAUUAUCUUUUUAUUCUUCUGCAUUGGAUGAGAUAGUCUGGCUGAAUUAUGUUACUUUGUGUUUUGGGCUCCAUGUAGUUGAUUGUUUGGCUUGCAGAAUUGGUUCACAUCUGCUGAUCGGCUGUAGAUUCGAUCUCUUAUCAAUAAAGAUAUCAGUUUACCUGAUGCUCAAGGACAACAAAGGAUUUAUGUGAGAGGUUCCUGUGUUAUUUCAUGUCACCUUCAAAUUUAGUAUUUAUAACUCUUUAGCUCUGUAUCUCUUGUUUUUCCUCCCCAUAUAUGUUUCCAUUUUAGUUUUGGAUUUGUUCUGUCUCUACUCCUGCCUUCGAAUACUUAGUGCUUUCAAUUGAAAAUGAAUUGAUCCAGUGUUUUGCACUUUGA